CGGAAGUUGCCGUGAACUGUUCGCACGCUUAAUGGUAUACCGGGAAAUUUCACUAAUAAAAAUACUAAUAUCGUGUUAAAAUUAUAUAUAUGUGACGAUAUAUAAGUACUAUAUAUGUACAAUAUACUAUUUAUAUGAUUUUAUGGAAUGUGUUAAAGUUGUGUUCAGAUACCAGAAACCCACAAGUAAAAUAUUUAAUUCCAGUGAAAAUAUUACAAGUGUAAAUAAAAAUUUUAUAACUGUGAAAAAUAAAUAUCGGUGAAAUGCGAAACUUUUAACUUGUAUACUUUGGAGAGCAAAAAAGAGAUCGCGCCACAAACUAGAGAAGCUUGUUUAAUUCGUAGUUUCUUGAUAUUUCAUUCGACGGUUUUCAAGUUAUCGUCCAAAUUUCUUUGAUAUAUUUUUUUGAUUAAAGUGAAAGUGAAAAUAGUCUAUUGACGAAUAUGUCGGAGACUCUAUAAAAUAUACAAGUACAUAUAAAUGCUGAGGGUGUCGAGUUAAGUCGAUUUAGCCAAUUCCGUCUCUAACAGAACGAGACCAUCUGAGUCGUAGCCAUGGCCAACAUUUGAAAGAGAUAAUCUCCAAAAAAUAAUGCCAAGGAAUGACUUUUCGUGUUAUUUUUUAAAAAAGGUGUAAUGCUUAAAAAACUAGAAUAGCGUGUAAAAAUUGUAUAACGCUGCAAAACCCCUUCAAUGCUAUACAUCAGUACCUAUGCCAAAAUGCUAAAACGUGACUUUCCCGUGCUGAUACUCUCCCUGUUCAUCCUUUGUGGGUUUUUCGUAUUUAUGCAACAUGCUUUUCGUGCCAGCGUUGCCAUACAAGAGGGCGUCAUAUCAAAAGAUAUGAGAAACAUUAAUGUCGAAGAAGCCGUACCUGCUCCUGUUGAAGUUUUUUUCGGCGAUGAACUUUUCGAGAAAGAAUUGCAACGGCGUAAAUUAAUUGAACCAAAGGACAGUCGCGAAGUGAAAAUAUUAACCGAAGCAACUCCGACAUUGGGACAACGUUUGAAGAAAUUACUAAAAUGCAACGAUCGGCAGUUGAGGUUGGAGAAGAUACAAUAUGGAAAUUAUUGGCUGCUGCGCAAUUAUAUACGUGGCACGAUUAGCACGUCGGUUGGUUGUGCCGACACAAUUACAUUGACUACGAAUGGUGAUUACACGUUCUUCGAUAGUUUGCCAUUCUUAACGGAACGUUGGCAAGCCCCAAUCAGCUUCGCCAUAUUCUCACCGGGUUAUGAUUUCAAUGCCACACUAAGUUCCAUACAAUUUGUGCGUCAUUGUCUGCGUGAGAGUCAAUAUAUACGUGAUUAUGUCACCUUCCAUAUAUAUUUCCCACCAACGGAUAUGCCUGAAUAUGCACCGCUGACGGAAAAAGAGGCGCUCUUAUGGCCAUAUGACUGUGAGGCAGCGCCGCCUUAUAUGGAUGUCGAUCGCAAUACAAUGUAUAAAACGGAGCACAAUAUGACUUAUCCAAUAAAUGUUGGACGCAAUAUUGCACGUAAAUCGGUCAAUACCUAUUUUAUAUUUGCAUCAGAUAUUGAAUUGUAUCCAAUGCCGGAUUUACCCCGCUUAUUUCUCGAGAUGGUAGAGCGGAAUCGUAGUGUGUAUUUGGAUAAUAAAGAACUGCGUGUCUUCACCAUACCUGUUUUCGAAGUAACUAAGGACAGUCAAGUACCUGAAACUAAAACACAAUUAGUUGAAAUGUUACGAACACAUAAAGCGAUACCAUUUCAUUCGAAAAUCUGCAAGAAUUGCCAUUUAGUGCCGAAACAUAAUGAAUGGGUUAAUGCCUCGGAUACCAAUGAGUUGUCGCUCUUUUCGGUAACAAAACGUGAAGGUAAAUUCCAUUAUUGGGAGCCAUUCUACAUUAGUGAUAAUCAGGAACCAAUAUUUGAUGAGCGUGUCACGUGGGAGGGACAGUCGAAUAAGCGAAUACAGGGCUACGCUAUGUGUUUGUUGAAAUAUGACUACUUCGUACUGCAUCCGGCUUUUUUAGUGCACUCACCAGGCAUCAAAUAUUUUGAUAAAAAUUCGCCACGUCUCAGCUAUGUACCAGCCACGAAUAAGCUUAUCAAACAAGUUAUACAGCCAGAGUAUCGAAUUUUAUUUGGAACCAAUAAGAAAUGCUUCACGUGAUAUUAUCGGAUAUAUAGUUAAGUGUAACCGUUUAUAAUUAAUAAUUUAAGUUAAUUUAUUUUGUAUACGUUUGUAUAGAAACAUAUUUUUUAGAAUAUAUAUACUUAUUUUUGUAGUAAAUCAUUCUAAUAUAGAAAUAAGGAUUUCGAAAUAAAAUUUUCUUAAAAUAUUGGA